AUGAGGAUCGUCGAGCUCAUCAUAGAUGGGUUCAAGAGUUACCAGGUACGGACCGUGAUUUCGGGAUGGGACGACUCAUUCAACGCCGUCACCGGCCUCAAUGGCUCCGGAAAGAGCAACAUCCUCGAUUCGAUCGCAUUUGUACUGGGAAUCAACAACAUGUCUACAGUGCGCGCACAGAACCUACAAGACCUGAUUUACAAGCGAGGACAGGCCGGUGUUACGAAAGCGAGCGUGACUAUUGUCUUUGACAAUGCCGAUAAGAACAAAAGUCCCAUCGGCUUCGACGAGUAUGCGCAGAUCAGCGUGACGCGACAAAUCGUUAUGGGCGGAACAAGCAAAUACCUGAUUAAUGGUCAUCGCGCUCAACAACAGACCGUACAAAACCUGUUUCAGAGUGUUGGGCUGAACAUCAACAAUCCCAACUUCAUCAUUAUGCAGGGUCGGAUUACUAAGGUUCUGAACAUGAAAGCGGUCGAGAUACUGGCCAUGAUCGAAGAGGCGGCAGGCACACGAAUGUUCGAGGAUCGGAAAGAGAAAGCCAACAAGACCAUGGCUAAGAAGGAGAUGAAGGUCAAGGAAAUUGAAGGCUUGCUCAAGGAAGAGAUCGAACCAAAGCUGGACAAGCUGCGUGGCGAGAAAAGAGCAUGGCUAGACUACCAGAAGACACAGGGCGAGCUGGAGAGACUCACAAGAGUUGUCGUCGCAGCGGACUAUGUCCGAGCUGGCGAAAAGAUGCGACAAGCUAACGAGGAACACGAUGCCAAGCGCGCCAAAGUCCAGCACCUGGAGGACAACGCUAGCAAACUGAAGCGGGAGAUCGAGAAUCUCGAGGAAGAGCUUGAACGAGUCAAAGCUGUCCGCGAGAAGGAGCUGCGCAAAGGCGGCAAAUUUCAGGCUCUGGAGCAACGAGUCAAAGAACACAGCCACGAACUUGUGCGGCUUGCGACGAUCCUGGAGCUGAAGAAGACGAGUCUGAAGGAGGAAGAAGCCAGGAAGAAAGACGCAUCUACGAAUAUCAAGACUUUGGAGAAGCAAGUCAAGGACAAGAAAGCGGCAUUCGAGAAGCUCGAAGGCAAAUUCACCACAGCGAAGGCAGAUGUCGAUGCGCAAACAGCGGAGAUGGAGAGCAAGGAGGAGCUUCUGUCAACGUUACAGACCGGCGUAGCCUCUCGUGAGGGUCAAGAGAGUGGCUAUCAAGGUCAGCUACAGGAAGCCAGAUCGCGGGCGACUGCAGCUGGCACCGAGCAGGAGCAAGCAAAACUGAAGAUUUCCCAUCUUGAAAAGAAGAUCAAGGAGGAUGAGCCACGUGCGAAGAAGGCAAAGGAACAGAACGCUGGACUGAUCAGCGGUUUGGAGACCUUGAAGAAGCAAGCUGCGAAGCUUGAAGCAGACCUAUCGAAACUGGGCUUUGAGCCUGGCCGCGCCGCUCAGAUGCAGGAGCAGCAAACAACCCUUCAGAAGACUAUACGCAAACUCAAGGAAGAAGCUGAUGGGCUGAAGCGGAAAGUGGCCAACGUCGACUUCAACUACAGUGAUCCAUCACCCAAUUUUGACCGCUCGAAAGUCAAAGGUCUCGUCGCGCAGUUAUUUGAGCUCGACAAGGACAAUGCUCAAGCUGGCACGGCUCUCGAGAUCUGCGCUGGUGGACGGCUGUACAAUGUUGUUGUUGACUCAGCAGAGACCGGCACCCAGCUCUUGCAGAAUGGCAAGCUGAAGAAGCGCGUCACAAUCAUCCCUCUCAACAAGAUAUCUGCCUUCCGCGCGUCUGCUGAGAAGGUUGGUGCUGCUCAGAAAAUCGCUCCGGGCAAGGUCGACUUGGCAUUGUCGCUGAUCGGCUACGAUCGUGAAGUGUCUGCGGCAAUGGACUUUGUAUUCGGAACGACACUCAUCUGUCAGGACGCAGAAACUGCGAAGAGAGUCACUUUCGAUCCGGCCGUGCGUCUGAAGAGUGUCACUCUCGAAGGAGAUGUAUAUGAUCCAUCGGGCACCUUAUCUGGUGGAAGCUCGCCGAACUCAAGCGGAGUGCUUGUAAUCCUGCAGAAGCUGAACGAAGUGACCAGAACCAUGCAGCAGCACCAUUCCGAGCUCGACAAUUUACAAGGCCAAAUGCAGGGCGACAAGGCCAAGAUGGCCACAAUCCACGCCACUAAACAGGAGCUUGAUCUGAAGACACAUGAGAUCCAUUUGACGGAAGAGCAGAUCAAGGGCAACUCAUCGUCAUCAAUCAUCGCCGCCGUGGAAGAGAUGAAGGAGACCGUUGGACAGCUCAAAGAGACUGUGGCCGCGGCAAAGUCCAACCAGGCUGAGGCCCAAAAGGAUGUCAAGCGCAUCGAGAAGGAUAUGGCAGACUUCAGCAAGAACAAGGACAGCAAGCUGAAGGAGCUCGAGAAAUCACUCGCAGAUCUGAAAAAGAGUUUGUCCAAGACCGCCGUGUCUAUCAAAACCAUGCAGAAAGAGCUUCAGGAGGCCCGGAUUGACUCGGAACAGGCGGUCACCGACUUGGGUGCUGCGGAAGAACAACUGGUUGAGAUACAGGCCAGCAUCGACUCGCAGCAAUUAGAGCUGGAAGCUCUCCGAGAAGAAGAGUCGACCACUAAAUCAGCACACGACGUAGCCCAAGCAGAGCUGCAUGACGAACAAGCCAAGCUGAUCUCUUUCGACAACGAGCUCAAGGACCUAGAGAACGCUCGAACACGCAAGUCGAAACAGAUCAGCGAAGAGGCUCUCGAGGCGCAGAAGCUUUCGCACGCCGUCGAAAAAGCAGCCAAGGACUCUACCGCAGCCUCACAACUCGUCGCAGCUCUGGAGCGAGAGCAUGAUUGGAUUCCCGACACGAAGGAUCAGUUCGGCAAGCCCAACACGCCGUAUGAUUUCCACGGCAAGAACCUCGCAGAGUCACGCUCUAUGCUCAAGAAUGUCACGGAGCGCUUCCAAGGCAUGAAGAAGAAGAUCAACCCGAAAGUCAUGCCAAUGAUCGAUAGCGUCGAGAAGAAAGAGACCAGUCUGAAGAACAUGCUUCGAACUGUUGUGCGAGAUAAGAAGAAGAUCGAGGAGACAAUUGUCACGAUCGAAGAGUACAAGAAGGAAGCACUGCUCAAGACUUGGGAGAAAGUCACACACGACUUUGGCAACAUAUUUGCGGACCUGCUCCCUGGAAACAAUAGUGCAAAACUUGUGCCUAUCGACGGCGACAUAAGCAGGAUCGGGGAGGGCUUGGAGGUCAAGGUCAUGCUUGGUAAGGUUUGGAAGACGGGGCUUACUGAGUUGAGUGGUGGACAGCGGUCACUGAUCGCUCUCUCGCUCAUCAUGGCCUUACUGCAAUUCAAGCCGGCGCCCAUGUAUAUCUUGGACGAAGUCGAUGCUGCGCUCGAUCUGUCACAUACGCAAAACAUUGGGCGCCUCAUCAAAACGCGGUUCAAGGGCAGUCAAUUCAUUGUCGUCAGUCUGAAGGAUGGUAUGUUUCAGAACGCGAACCGCGUAUUCAGGACGAGGUUCAGUGAGGGCACCAGUGUUGUCAGUGUGAUGCAAUAA